AUGGAGAGAAACACAUCCUUUUGUAUUAGCCCUCAAAGCAACUGUCUCCUCUCAGCAGCAGCAGCAGCAGCAGCAGCAGCAGCAGCAGCAGCAGCAGCAGCAGCAGCAGCAGCAGCUGGAGGUUUAUGGAUAUGUAAGAGGGGAAGACAGAUAGACGAUGAUGAGGUGUAUAUACACCUCCCAGACACCAAGGUAGCCUUUACCCCGAAGGCGCAGCUAAUUAAAGAGAGAGAAGCAGCAACCAGCAGCAGCAGCAGCAGCAGCAGCAGCAGCAGCAGCAGCAGCAGCAGCAGCAGCGGCAGCGAGAGUGAGGGGGAUGAUAGUGACAGCAGCAGCAGCAGCAGCAGCAGCAGCAGCAGCAGCAGCAGCAGCGUAGAGACAGAUGAGGAAGAAGAAGAGAUAGGGGACUCGGUGAGGAUGGUAAGACAGCUGCAGCAAGGAGACAGUUUGCUGCUGCAGCAGCUGCAGCAGCAGCAGCUGCAGCUGCUUGAUUCCUCCACCAGGUGUAUAGACAGCUCAGCAGCAGCAGCACCUCCUCCUCCCCGUCGUGCUGCUGCAGCAGCAGCAGCAGCAGCAGCAGCAGAGGAGACAGAAGAAGAAGAAACAGAGACGGAGACAGAGACAGAGACAGAAGGAGACAGCGGGGAGGAGACAGAUACAGAGACAGAGACAGAAACAGAGACAGAGACAGAAACAAAAAUAAAAAUAAAAAAUAAAAAUAAAAAUAAAAACAACACUGAAGGAGAAACCAAACAAGCAGCAGCAGCAACAGCAGCAGCAGCAGCAGCAGCAGCAGCAGCAGCACCAGGAUCCAUCGUGCUGCAGCACCUCAGCAGCAGCAGCAGCAGCAGCAACUCUUUCACUCGUCUCUCUCUUGCAGAUGCGGUGUAUGGGGACCCCAACAUCAGCAGCAAACCAAAUAAAAACAGCAACAGCAACAGCAGCAGCAGCAGCAGCAGCAGCAGCAGCAGCAAGAGAGAGGGUCAGCUGUCUCUCUUCGAUGAUUCAGACGGAGACACAGAUGAAGACGAGGAGGAUACAGCAAUGGGGGCCCCGCCCCCCCCGGGGGGCCCCCCUGUGGGGGGCCCCCAGGGUAGACGGAGACUAUAUGGAGACAAUGCUGCAGCAGAGACAGCAGCAAUAUAUAAAGCUAUGGGGAUCGACGAUCCCAACAACCCCACAGUUGUUGAGGCCGUUUGGACCCCACAGUUUAUUAAAGCUAUUAAGGUUAGGAAUUGGAGAGAGAUGCGGCAGUGUUUUAUAACGGGGGGGUGGGUGGAGCUGGAGGAAGCAAAGAAAACAGCAGCAGCAGCAGCAGGAGAUUUUGCUGCUGCUGCUGCUGCUGCUGCUGCUGAUGCUGCUGAUGCUGCUGCUGAUGGUGGUGAUUCCACAGGGUGGAGGCGGUUUCAAUCUGUCCCGGUAUACGCCAUGGAGGAUAGAGGAGAAACCAGUUUAUCCAUAAAUAAAGAACGAGAGGAGACAGACAAAGAAGGAGACAGAGAAGGAGACAGAGAAGAGACAGAUGGAGAGGAGACAGACAGAGAAGGAGAAGAGACAGACAAAGAAGGAGACAGAGAAGGAGAAGAGGAGGAGACAGAAGGAGAAGAGACAGAAGGAGAGGAGACAGGAAGAGAAGAGGAGGAGACAGAAGGAGACGGAGAGGAGACAGAAGGAGAAGAGACAGGGGGAGAGACAGAAGAGGAGACAGAAGAAGAAGAAGGAGACAGAAAGCCAAGGAGGCGGAGCACUAAUAACAAAUUAUUUAUAUCUGAUAUGAUAGAAGCAGAUACACCUGAAUCGCAGCAACAGCAGCAGCAGCAGCAGCAGCAGCAGCAGCAGCAGCAGCAGCAGCAACAGCAACACAAACGAUAA